GUCGCGCUUAGACAGCCUCCGAGUCUGUACGCGAGAAGCGUUUUUUCCAGCCCUCACACAUGAGUCACUCCCGGAGAUCGCACUAGCGUAAAAUGGACGUCACUUUGGAGAACUUGGGAUAACCGGAAGCCGGAAAAGGAUAUCCGAGCGCACGUGUAGUCACGCGAUGAAGUUGCUCGUAACGUUGAUUCUGGCUUUGAAACUGAUCAGUUUUCAGAGGAGCUUUUGCUUGGAAAAGAGAGCCAUUAUUGUUGCUGAACCCUCAAAUGUUAUUAAUUUAGAAAACACCACGGCUUACAGUGUGUUUUGCGUAUUAACAAACGCUUCGUCUGAGGAAAACAUUGCUCAUUUGAGUAUUUAUGAGAAAAGUAAGCACAUUACAUCAGAGAUCCUCAAUGCAACCACGAUCGUCGCUAGAGUGAACGUGGAACAGAAUGCCACCUGCCAUAGAAAAAUAUAUUCUUGCAAAGCGAACAAACCUGAAGGGCCUCAAGGGCUUGCGCUUGGAAAAAUAUACUUUGGGCGACCACCCGCGCUUUUUCCGCCGCAUGAUUUUGUCUGCAUAUCGGAACACAAGCGCCACAUCCACUGCCAGUUUCCGGCGGAAAUAAAGUGUGACAUGGACACAAGUUUCAAGCUAGGCACGCUUACGAGGGUUGGAUUUUCGGAAUGCAUUACAUCAUCGGAUCUAAAAUCUUAUCAUUGGGAUAGCCGAAACGGUUCUUGUGCUUUUUCGAUGAAAGAUUUGAAUACGAGCUUGAAGCUAGUUGUACGGAAUGAAAUUGAUGAACGAAAUAUGAUGUUUAAUGUUAGCCACGAGGAUAUCGUGAGACCUGCUAAGCCGAGCUUGUUUACUGCAUCACAAGUGACCGCUACAACUGCAGAAGUGACGUGGCACAUGUCGGAACUCAACGUAUUACGCCAGUUCAAGUAUGAAUUCCGAUUGAUCUCAGUACACGGAGUAGGGAGCCUCUCAAGAUUCGUUACCGUUCCUAAAAUGAUCUCCAGCUAUUUGGUGGAAGAUUUGAUCCCACACACAAUCUACACACUGGAAGUUCGUGUGCAGGUGUUACCUGAGGUAUUACGUCCUUUUGACGACCUUUACUGGUCUGAAUGCGCAUCGGUGACCUUCAAAACUGCUGCGCAUCGUCCGAUCACAGCUCCUGCCGUGGCACAAGGAGUCUACAACAUUAAGAAACGGACCGCCGACCAGAUGAACGUAUCCGUUUUCUGGGAGCCCAUCCCGGAUCAUUUACAUAACGGAACCGGGUUUGGGUACCGAGUUACAGCUGUCUCGGAUUCCGGAAACAGGUUCACCAAGAAGGUCAAUCUUCCAACCUGCACGUUCAGCAACCUGCUGAUUGGACACUACAAGAUCCAGGUAUCGUCCUUUAACAAUGAAGGCGAGUCAGAAACCUACAACGAAUUGCAGAUAUUCCCUCGUAUCGACAACCGCCAACCUCAAAUCCGCUCUGUAUUCAAAUCAGGAGGCUACAACGUGUCCUGGUUCGCACCAGAAAAGGCAAACCCCUCAAGCUACACCCUAAUGUACUGCCACUUUACAUCGCAAGCAACGUGCCACAAAUCAACCCAGUUCGUCACGCUACCUGCAGCUAGAGCCUUCUUCGUCACCACCCAGGACAGCGCGCUCAAUUUUGCCGUGGCCGCCAACUAUCCGGACAACUACUCCUCCGAGCUCAGCUGGCAACACUGCGUGGUUGCACCGCGGACGUCACGGUUGGCCGUUCCCAAGUACCACGUCGAAAGCAUUAGCGCGGACUCGAUGACGGUUCGUAUGAUGGGACGUUGUGAGGAACAUUCUUACUACGCGCGGAUGCAGAUUCUCGUUCGGGCUUUGGACGGGCAGCUGGCGAUGAAUGAAAGUUACGAUCAUUUCGUUGAGGAGAUAGUUGUGGGCAGACUGAAGAGCAGUACCGAUUAUGGAGUGAAUGUUACUGUUUUUGAUGAAUUUGGGAAGUCUGAACACGAAGUUACUAGAAGGACUACUGCAUCGAGUGGGAUAUGGAUACUCAUUUUGGUAUUAGCCGCCUUUGGAGCAGCUGCGAUGGUUUUCAUUAUGGUAGUAGCCGUUCGAAGGUUGAAGUGUGUUCUUGACAUCAAGGUUGAUGUGCCGAUUGGAUUACUUGAAGACCAAGAAGAUUCAGUUGAAGAGUCUGAAGCUGACGAUCAUGAAGAAUACUACAACCUGACGUGUCCACCAAUUCCUGAAGAAUCCGAGUCCGUCGCAGAGGAAAUUCACUAUCCUAAGCCAGCCAGUACUUCGGAAGAGCCAGCACCCACCGAGCCUGUAAUCACAGCCCCCCAAGAAAUCCCAACAACCGGAGGAGGAUGUUCCUACAUUGAGAUGACAAGCUGGAAACGUCCACCGGGAGCAGACCAACCCGAUGGCAACGGAAACUACGAGCAAAUGCAUCCGCCGAACAAGCACAGUGUGAUCGUUCGAUCAACAGUUUACGUCCAGAUGAACCUGUUUAUCAACAGGGCACGUACCGGGAAUUACAGGCAAACGAUUGUUUGAGAAAUUUCGGCGCGUUCAUAUGCUUCAGAUGCUUUAUU